UACUACACUCAGUCUCCCCUUCCACUGCUACUGACAAUUUCAUGCCGGCCGGCCACGGACGGCACGGCACGGCAGACAUAAUCUGUAGUCACCAUCGUCGUCCUAUUUAUAGAGGCCAGCUGCUUGCUGAAGCUCUCACCGAGGAAGGUAACAGCCGAGCCAUGGGGUCGGGUGACUGGGGUCCCGUGCUGAUUGCGGUGCUCUUCUUCGUGGUGCUCACGCCGGGCCUGCUCUGCCAGAUCCCAGGGAACGACCGCCGCGUCGCAGAGUUCCACAGCAUGCGCACCAGCUACCUCGCCAUCUUCGUCCACACCGUCAUCUUCUUCGGCUUCUGCGCCAUCUUUAUGGUGGCCGUUGGCGUCCACCUCAGCUCCGGCUGAGCACUCCUCUUCUAGUAGUUAUUUGUGUUGAAUUCAUGCUUGGGCUGCAGUUUUAGAUGCUAGGUAGCCAAAGUAGGAGUCAGAGUGGAUUUGUGCGUGUGAGGGAUCACGGCAGACAUAUGCAUCUAUGGUAUGCCGAGCGUAAGCACCUCGUGUCCUCCUCUCUGUUUGUUGGAGGCUAGGUAGCUAGAGUGGAUUUGUCAUUUG